AUGCUUAUUACCAAUGGCACUGCUGUAUUCAUGCCUUCUGUAUUGACAUUUAUUGGGAUCCCUGGUUUGGAACCUGUCCAGUAUUGGAUUGGAAUUCCAUUCUGUGCUAUGUAUGUCAUUGCUUUGAUUGGAAAUUCUCUGCUUUUGAUCAUCAUCGUAUCUGAGCCCAGCCUCCAUGAACCUAUGUAUAUCUUCUUGGGCAUGUUAGGAGCCACAGACAUUGCACUUAGCACCAGCAUUGUGCCCAAGAUGCUUGGAGUUUUCUGGUUCCACAUACCAGAGAUAUGUUUUGAUGCUUGCCUCUUUCAGAUGUGGCUCAUCCACACAUUUCAGGGUAUUGAAUCUGGAAUCCUAUUGGCCAUGGCUCUGGACCGCUACGUAGCUAUCUGUUAUCCUCUAAGGCACGCUACUAUAUUCACUCGACAACUAGUCACUAAUAUUGGAGUUGGGUUGACAUUGCGGCCUGCCGUUCUGGUAAUUCCAUGCCUAUUGCUCAUAAAGUGUCGUCUGAAACUUUACCGAACCAAGUUAAUAUCCCACACGUACUGUGAACACAUGGCCCUUGUGAAGCUUGCCACUGAAGAUGUUUACAUAAAUAAGAUCUAUGGCCUCUUUGGAGCUUUUUUCGUUGGUGGGCUUGACUUCAUUUUCAUCACCCUCUCUUAUAUACAAAUAUUUAUCACCGUCUUCCAGUUGCCUCAGAAAGAAGCCCGACUUAAGGCAGUUAACACAUGUAUUCCCCACAUAUGUGUCUUCUGCCAAUUCUAUUUCCUUGCAUUUUUCUCCUUUUUUACUCACAGAUCUGGAUCUUAUAUCCCAUCAUAUAUACAUAUCACCUUGUCUAGUCUUUACCUAUUGGUACCACCAUUCCUCAAUCCCUUCAUCUACGGGGUAAAGACCAAACACAUUCGAGAAAAGGUAGUAAAAAUGUUCUGUUCCAAAGACCAGACUUGA